CGGACUGACAACCCAUGGGGCUCCCGGGCAAUAGGGGAUCAUGGGGGCCCUGUGUCCUUGCCCAAACUCAAAAAAGCCUAUGAAAAAGGUACCAGGGGCAUCUCAUGGUGCCUCCUACUGACCCCGGGCCCUCAGGCAGUGCCCGAGUUUCCAAAUGGUCAGUCCGCCCCUGCACAGAUCCCCACAUCAACACAAGCAAUGUUAAUGCAGGGAUCUCUCCUGCUAUGUCUUUGUCUAUGCAGUGUGCGAUUGAUCUGUUUCUGCAGUGAGUUUAGCUGUGCGUUUUGAAUUUUUGCACAUG